CACAGCAAACGCCAGCGGCUAGAAUUCCAUUUGUUUUUUGGUUCGUGAUUUGGAGUCAUUAACACUGUGCUUGUGUGAGUCAAUGUGUAUGUGUGUACGUGCGUAAACGUGCGUCAGGGUUUGUAUCCUAUCGUGUACUAUACUGUCUCGUACGUUUUCGACAACGCUGCUGUUGCCGUUGUUGGCUCUGUAUAGUCCACUGCCGCCGCAGCCGCGUUAGCCUUUCGGUAUCCGAUAUGUUAUCCGUAAAAUAAUUCCAUUGUUGUGCGAUAGUGUGAAUUGAAAUUAUUAAUACCAUAAGGUUGAUUUGUUGUGCAUUUCGGUUUCUUCAUAGUGAUAUAAUAAAGUUAAAUCAUGGCUGAUGUAGAAGUGGAACAACCUCAUACUAACGGUUAUUCAAAUACUAAUGAUGAUGAAGAUGAACGCGGAAAAAUGAGGCCUGCUGAUAUUGAUGCUGAUGUAAGAGAAAUGGAACGUAGAAAAAGAGUUGAGAUGAUAAUGAAUUCAAGACUAUUUCGUGAAGAACUUGAAAGAAUAAUUGAAGUGCAAAUGAAAGAUGGAGGAGCUGUUCCUGCUGGAUUACUGCAACAAAUAUCAGACAUAGUCGGUGGACGUCAAUCUGGAGGAUCUAAAGCUUCUAAUUGUGUUGCACCCAUCAAUGAUAUCCGUGGUGUGGAGAGCAUGGGUUAUGCUAAAGGUGAAAAAAUCAUCAGAUGUAAAUUGGCUUCAGUGUUUAGAUUAAUGGAUUUGUAUGGUUGGACUCAAGGAAUUUACAAUCAAGUCUCAGCCAGACUUAAUCAAGAGGAAGAACAUUUUUUAGUGAACCCACAUGGUCUAUUAUGCAAUGAAGUAACAGCUUCCAGUCUAAUAAAAAUUGACAUGCAAGGAAAUGUUAUGGAAACGGGAACAACCAAUUAUGGUGUAAACAUAGGUGCAUUUCAACUUCAUGCUGCUAUUUAUGCUGCUAGGCCAGACUUAAAAGCUAUUAUUGAUGUACAAGUUGGCCCUGUUUUGGCUGUAUCAUCUUUACGAUGUGGUUUACUUCAUAUAAGUAAAGAAAGUGCAUUAAUUGGGGAUAUGGCACAUUACGCAUACCCAGGAUCUAAUGUAGACUCUGAAGAAAAAGAUAAAAUUGCUCGUAGUUUAGGACCCAUAAAUAAGGUUAUUUUUUUUACUAAUUAUGGUGCUUUGUGCUGUGGUGAAUCAAUUGAAGAAGCAUUUUACAAUGCUUAUAAUGUUGUCACUGCGUGUGAAACUCAACUAAAAGUUUUACCAGUAGGCUUAGAAAAUAUUGUCACUAUGUCUGAGGAACAGCGUAAAUCUAUUUAUGAUGCUGCUAGAUCACCACCUGAUGGUACAACACCAGCUCCAUUACCUGCAGGCAAUUCUUCUGUUUCAGAUAAACGUUGGAGAGUAGGGGGACUUCAGUUUGAAGCUCUUAUGAGAAUGCUUGACAAUGCCGGUUUUAGAACAGGUUAUAUUUAUCGACAACCACUCAUUAAAGGUGAACCUCCACGUCCACGAAAUGAUGUUGAGGUACCACCUGCAGUUUCAUCACUUGGUUAUUUAUUAGAAGAAGAAGAGCUAUACAAAAAUGGGCAAUGGAAAAAGUAUUAUGAUGGACGUAAAUCAACUGAUAGGACAAAAUGGUUAAAUUCACCUAAUGUGUAUCAAAAAGUAGAAGUACUUGAAACAGGAACAUCAGAUCCCAAAAAAAUUACUAAGUGGGUGUCUGAAGCAACUCCUAAUUCAAGUACACCAUUUAAAAUUGAUGGACCUUUACAGUUUGUUCCAAAGAACACAAAUCCUAAAGAGUUCAAAAAACUUCAACAGCAAAUAAAAGAAAAUAGAAGAGCUGAUAAAAUAACAUCUGGACCACAGUCCCAAAUAUUAGAUGGUGUUUCAUGGGAAGAAGCUAAAAAAUUCCAAGAUGCUAACAUGAAUGCUAAUGGGGAACAAGUGAUAUUAGUUGGUGCUGCAUCUAAAGGAAUUAUACAGCGUAAUUUCCAACAUAAUGCUACUGUUUACAAGACACCUUAUGCCAAAAAUCCAUUUGACGCAGUCACUGAUGAAGAAAUAGAAUAUUAUAAGAAUUCAGUUAAUAGAGGUCAACAAGAAAAUGAAGAUAGUGAACACUUUUCACCUACUAGACAAACUGAAAAUUUUCUUGUUAGUGAAACAGAUGAUGAAAGUAGAGGUAGAGAACCUAGAGUUUUACAAGUUGAAAGAAAAUCAGUGCUAAAGCCAGAUCAGGCUGAAAUUGUUCUCAGUGAAGGUGAAAACACUUAUAACGAAUCUGAUGCUCAUCAAAGUACAUUCUCCAGUAGUAAAGAAGGUUCACCAACUAAAGAAAUAUCUACUGAGGACUCAUCACAUAAGGAUAAGAAAAAGAAAAAGAAAGGAAUAAGAACACCAUCAUUUCUAAAGAAAAAGAAAGAAAAGAAGAAGGUUAUUCAAGCUUAAUGCCGUGUUAUUAAAAAUACAAUUGAAAAUUUUGUCAAAUGCCUCGCCAAUUGCUGCUUUGGCCAAUCAUUAUUUGUUGUCUUUAGCUCAUUUAGUCAUCCUUACAUAUUUCCUACCUAGAACUUAACUUUUUUUUUUUUUGAUAAUAUUUUUGACUUACUUUUGAACUCCUUGAUAUUAAUAAAACUUCAUUUAUUUUUUUUUAAAAAUUGUCUUUGUGCAUUAUACUUAAACAUUAGUUUAUAUAUUAGUUAUUAGUUAUUCUAUUUAUUAUUGAUGUACCAUAAGUAGAUCUUUGACCUCAUUUGACAAACUUAUUCUAUUAUUUUAUACUUUGUAAACAUUUUUGUUACCAAAACUAAUAUGUAAAAAUAAAAUAUUUAUAAUUAUUGUCCUUUAAUUUCCCAAAGAAUUCUUAUUGACUAUAAAUAAAUAUAUUGUAU